ACUGCUCGAGACUGCUCUUCGUGCUGUGAUUGAAACCUGUGCAGCUGAAUGAUGGCAGCCGCGGUGUCCGUUAACGUAGCAGCCAGAGAAGAGAAUUCCAGCGUCGGGCCCAACUUCACCUCUCAUCAGCUAUAUGGCCACUGUGACGCCGCGGCCGAACAUGGGGAGUGGGCUUCAAUGGCAGGCAGUGAGCCCGACGGAGAACCUGGCGACGAAGAGGCAUCCACAGGAGAAGACGGCCAACGGAGGGUCGACGAAGAAUUGUCGGUGCUGAGUCCGAAUGAGAUAGAAAGGCGUUUGGAAAGAACACGCCGGGAGUUUUACAAUCGCCGUAAAAUUAUCAUAAAAAAUCUGCCGGCUGAUAUCAGCAACCAGGAGGUGCAUGAGCUGUUGUCUGGCUAUGACCUGAAGUACUGCUUCGUGGACAAGUACAAAGGAACUGCGUUCGUCACCCUGCUGAACGGCGAGCAGGCGCAGUCCGCCAUCAAAGAGUUCCACCAGCAGGUGCUGCGCGAGCGGGAGAUCUCCGUGCAGCUGCAGCCCACCGACGCCCUGCUGUGCAUCGCCAACCUGCCGCUCACCCUCACCCAGCAGCAGUUCGAGGACCUGGUGCGGCCCUUCGGCAACCUGGAGCGCUGCUUCCUGGUGCACAGCGCCUCCUCUGGCCACUCCAAGGGCUACGGCUUCGUGGAGUACAUGAAGAAGGACUCGGCGGCGCGCGCCAAGUCGGAGCUGCUGGGGAAGCAGCUGGGCUCGCGCAUGCUGUACGUGCACUGGACCGAGGUGGGCUCGCUCACCUACGCCCUGCUGCACUCCCGCUGCCUGUGCGUGGACCGCCUGCCGCCGGGCCUGCUGCACGUCCACCACCUGGGCCACGCCCUCGGCCUCGCCCACACGCCCGUCUUCUGCCAGCUGGCCCAGGGGCAGGAUGGGAGUUUCCGCCCUUUUGCCGUUCUGGAAUUUGCCACAGCGGAGAUGGCGGAGGAGGUCCAGAGGGCGACCGAUGGCCGUGCCGUGGGCGGGACAAACGUUCGGGUGUCUUUCUGCGCCCCAGGACCCCCCGGCAGGAGCAUGCUGGCUGCCCUCAUUGCUGCCCAGACAAUGGCGUUGAACCGGGGGAAGGGGCUCCUUCCAGAACCGAGCGCCCUGCAGAUUCUGUCGAGCCUCAACAACCCGGCCACCAUGAGGAUGCUGCUCAACCCCCUGGCCCAGGGCCGGAAGCACGGGCUCCUGGGGGCUGCUCCUGCGCUGCCGCUGCUGGCUAACCCUGCGCUGUCCGCUGCCUUACUGCAGCUGCUGCUCCAGAACCAGGCCCAGAUGCAGCAGGCGGGGCUUCUAGGUGAAACUCAACUCACGGGUCUGCCUCUUCAGCAGGGAGUGGCCAUGCUGCCAGACAUUCCCCCCGGUGGCGUGGUGCCUGAUGCUCCCGGGCCAAUCAGGCCUCCAGCCAUGGGCCACACCCUCCUCAGGGAGUCUCCCACAGCACCCUGCCCCUUCCCCCCGACGCCCCCGCCCUUGCAAGGCGUUGCCCCGCCCCUCUUGGGCGGCUUGCUGGGCGGGGAGGGGCCGACCGCGCCCGGGGUGUCCAUUUUGAGAGAGCUGCCCAGAGACGGGACCCCGCCCCUCGCAGCACACAGUCUGUUCUCAGGUGGCAGCUGCAGGCCGCAUCCAUACCGGAAGAAGCCUCAGCCAGGCAGUAUGACAAGCCAGCGCCCUGGGCGGAGCCUCCAGUGCCAAGAGCCGCAGUACCUGCCUGUCCACCAGGAUGGGCGGAGCCACUUGUUUGAGGCUCAGGAAGACCUGGACCCCACCCUUCUCGGAGGAUUUGGGCAGCACCUGCACCAGCCCGGUUACGCCUUCGCCCCGAACCCGCUUCCCUCCGCCUACUACAGCUCCUCCACAGCCGCUGCCCCCUCUGCCCAGCUCAACAAGGCUGUUGGAAUGCCCCCCAUGUCUCAGUCGAGCAGUCUAUACUCCUGUGCACCUGGGACUGCUGUCAAGACGCCCGUGGGGGGGCAGAAGCGGUUGUUUUCGCGGCUCAUCCCGUCUCCGGAGCCCAGCCCGGAGGGGGGCUACGUGGGGCAGCACUCGCAGGGCCUGGGGGGACACUACGCCGACUCCUACAUGAAGCGCAAGCGCAUCUUCUGACUGGAGGCCUACGCUCAGGCCCCCUGAGCUCCACCAAUCGGCUGCAGCCGGCCUGCGACGGUCCGGCCGCCUCGGGCUGCGUUCCUGCCCAUGACCCCCGGGGGGCGCUGUGGCUCCUCCCACACCCCGGGUCAGCCUGCUGCUUUCCUCCCAUUGGCUGGUGUGGUCACCUAGUGGGAAACGGAUUUGUUUUGUAAAUAUAAUUUCAGUGUGUAUUUAAAUUUUGUUUUUUCCAAUUUAAUUUUUUUUAAAUUUUAUUUUAGCAGACCUUUGUUAAAUUCAGGAAUUGAUUUGUGCUAAAAGGACAGCCUUUUGGAACAAGUUAAAUAUUUUUGUUUUUUAUAUAUUUUUUUUUUUCUCCAUACAAAAUGUAUGCCUUUCCUCCAUGGCUAGCUUGCCCUGUUUUUUUAAUUUAUUUUUUUUAUCUUGUUCAUGCGACUCUGGACUUGAGUUAACCUGGAAAUCUGCAUUCCCUGUAGAAUAUGGCUUCCUGUCAGGUGUGUAGAGUUUGAUUUUUGAUUGGUUGGGAGCAGCGUGGUGUUAGACUUUUUCUGUGUUUCUCUUCCUCACCUUCUCACAAGUUUAUAAUUUUGCUACCCCUUCAUUCCCACUCCUCACCUCAGUCGUGGCCUAACCCCACCCCCUGCAUUCUCCUCUUCUAGUGCUGUGGGGGGGCGGGUGUGUGGCCUGGCUUUUGUUCUCUUAUUUCUCCGUCUCCCUGCAGUUUGAUAUUCUCUGUUCUCACUGUUCUCCCCGAGCGUUUCUUUUUGUGUGUGUGUGUGUUCUGAAUGUGUUUAAAUGCGGUGGUGGAAACGCGCCAUCUUCACCAUCACGGUGCAGUGCAGAGGCGUGGAGCCCCCGUUUGUCAGUUAGCCAUUUUUUCCCCCCCCUCCUCACAACACCACUGGAGUCUAACACUACCCCUGCUGAGAUCCUGUUCCCCUCCCGGCCAGUAGAGGGAGAUGUUUUCCCCCUGCAGGGCAGUAGAGGGAGAUGUUUCUAAACCGUAGGCGUUGGCCUGCAUUGAGCUUUUGGGGGGAGGGGGGGGAGGGGGUGGAGCUGGCCUUGUGAGAGUCCUGUGUGAUUGGCUGUAGGCUGGUGUAAUGUGCUGGUGGUUAGAGCGCAGUGUGGGGCAGCCCACUUCCUGCGAGUCUUUAGGUUUAUCAGAUCCAGCUCCUCUGGCCUUCGCUUGGACUUCUGUAAUUGUGGAACAGCGAUGCUGUUAGUCGGCGUGUGCUGUGUUGAUCCUGUUCCAUUGGGCGGCGAUUAGAACGGUAGCCCCAGUUUGUCAGUGAUUGCUGCCAGUCUCAGCUGGCAGUGGCUUUUGUGGAAAUGUGAUUGGUCAGUGAUAGUAUUAGUCUCAGGUCUGGUAUAGCCUUAAUCUGCAGGUGCAUUAUGAUUGUGAAAACGCAUUACCUCUGACAUUUACUGCUAGUCAUUACUUGACCCGUGUAAGCCUGUGCCUUUUUUUCUAUGUAAUCCAAUUUGCUAUUAACAGACUUAAAUGCUUACUGUUUUUUUUUGCCGUGUACAUAUUGAGGUUACAGUGAUGUUUGAAGUCAUCGUUUCAUUUAGGACUGUGUGUGUGUGUGUGGUCAUUGUUUCAUUUACAACUGUGUGUGUGUGUGUUCUCUCGACUGAGUGAUUAUAAUCCGAAAGUGAAGUUUUCUGUGUUGUGGUUGAUGACUUGUACUUCGUAUGGAGCAAGACGGGCAGAUGUCUUUGGCCUGAACUAUGCUGUGUCACAAUCUGUACUGCUAUACUCGCCACUUUUUUUUUUUUUUUUUUUGUGGAAGGUUUUUGAACGA